UGAGUAUUGUGCUGUUCUUUUCUAGGUAGGAGUCCUUACGUUUGAAGAUGCCUCUCUUGGGGAAUAUUGUUGUAAUUAAACGGAACGGGACUGACGGACUUAGUUUUCCACUCACUGAAAGUUCUUGUUUAUUUGGAAGGAGACCAGAAUGUGAUAUUCGCAUCCAUUUGCCUCAAGUCUCAAAAGAACAUUGUAAAAUUGAAGUAAAUGAAAACAAAGAGGCAAUACUGACUAAUUUAAGUACAGCAAAUCCUACAAAGCUGAACGGAGGGUGUUUUCAGCAGCCUGUUCCCCUGAAGCAUGGAGAUGUGUUAACUAUUCUUGAUCGUUCUUUCAGAUUUGAAUAUCCUCUCCAAUCAACUCUGAGAAAAAGACGUUCUAGAUCACCAAAAGAUGAAACACUGCAGGUUCUUCAUCUUCAGCAGGUGGCAGAAGUGGAAUCAUGCAAACAAACUCCAGGAUCUAAAAAUAUUCAUGUUUCAGAUAAUGCUGAGUGUGAAGAAAAAAAUGCCAAUGAAAACAAGCAAGCUAGAGAGGAAAAUAUUUCCAAAACUUUACCCAUCAAAUUAAGUACACCCAAGUCUUUAUACAGACCACGCCAAUCUGUUAAGCAAAAGGGAAUGUCUCCCUUUAGUAAACUCUAUGAAAAACUGAAGAGUGAGUUUAUAGUGCAAAAACCUCUGCAAGGGGCAAAUGCACCUCAACAGGCUGCCAAGGAAGAUGCUAAGAAUGUUCUGUUGGAACCAAGCGCUCCAAUUUCAUCAUCAAGCUGUGUGCAAGAUCUUGGAAGCCUGACUAAAGAGAAAGAAAAGGGCAGAAGGGAAAAUACUGAAGAAUAUAAAAUCACAAUGAAGCAAGACACGAACAGCUCAGAAUUGAACCAGAUCUCAACUGGAGGAAGCGCUGCCAAGAAGAGUUUCACUAGAACUCCUCAAACGUCUGCUUCAAAGCAGGUCUUGGGAAGUACUGGUAGAAGAAGUCACUUCAGGGAUCGUAAGGAACUAAGUACAACAGGCGGAUCUAAAGAUUCUGAACUUCCAGUCACACCCAGUAAGGAGAACGAUGGAAAUGCACGGUUUUUACUGGAGCAGUGCUCUAUAGAAUGCUUGGAUUCUGCGGGGAAAACAAAACACCGCACCUCUGCCACGCAUAAACCUGCGCAGACUAGUACAGCAAAUGUUUAUGAAGCAGAUGUUCUGACUACACCAACAUCCAGAAGGAAGGGUCCUCGAUCUCAUUUUGUAUCACCUACCAGUGAAGCGAGUGGAAUGAAUCCCGUAACUGCUGAUACUCCAACCAGUCGAUGCCGUCUGUCAUUGAAACGUAAAUCCCUGUCAGAAGCGUUAGCUGAAACUCAGCAGAAAAACUCAGCUUCCAGAAAUGGUGAUCUCAGCCAGCAGCCUUUGGCAGAAGACAAAUGCUUGAAACAAAACAGUGAGCAACAUACACCUGGAAAACCUGUGAAAGAAGUGGUGAAAGAAGUUUGUGAUCAGGCAGACUCUGUUGACUCAAAAGAUGGAUAUUGUGAUACUCCUGCGCCUCUUCCUAAUAUCAAGAGUUCCAGAAGAAGUAACAGGCAGAGUAAAGAAUUACCAGACAAAAAUGUCUAUUCUGAGACAUUAGCUUCAGAAAAGGUAAUAUCAGAACUGGAUUCUCCAGCUGGACAGAAAUCUGGCUCUGGAAGAAAAAAGGGUAGGCCGAGAAGCUCUGGACUGUUAACUGAGAAAGCAUUGGAGGCAAGUGCUGUUGAAGAACACCACAAAGAGACUACUGGAAGAAAAGACAGUGGCACUAGGGAAGAGCUGACUACAGAGGAGUGUCAUCAGAAACAAGAUAUGGCAGGUGCCAGUGAUACAAGACCUCGCAGAUUGUCAUCAAAGAGAAGGUCUUCUGGAAGCGCAGCUGUACUAAAAGACAGUGAGACUGUCUCAGAAAUGAACAUUUCUGGCUUGUUGGCUGGAGAAGAAUCAGGCAAGAAGAAAAGUAUUUCUCAGAAGAGGAAGAGUGGUGAUACGUUACUUCAGCCUUUAGGAAAAAGAAAGAGAGUUUCUUUUGGUGGUCAUCUAAGUCCAGAACUUUUUGAUAAGAGUUUGCCUCCUAACUCACCUCUUAAAAAAGGAGCAACUCCUGCCAGACUGAGCCUGCCUUUUGGGAACUCACCACGUGCUGUUCUGAAGAAGACUCAGGGGCUGAAGCACUUUGCAGUCCAGGAACUGCAGAAAGAAAAAAUGUCACCAAAAACUGUGUCAGCCCAGAAAUCCCCAGCAGCCUCAGCCCCAAUUUCUGGGAAGGCAACACUUAAUUUUACUUCAGGUUCUCCAGCACCUUACAAGAAAGGCCGUUUCUCUGUCUCUCUCAUCACACCGCCACUCCCAAUUGCAGAAGAGCAGGACGCCAUUGAAGAAGGCGUGAAUACAGAGGAGAAAGGUGCUGCCCAAGCGACAACACCGAAAUCAUCUCGCAUUAACCAAGAUGAUAAAACCUCUUUAACACCUGAGCAGUUAAUAAGAAAUGCACAACCCGCUCUGAAGGCCACUCCCAUGAGGAGGAGAAGUGGGGCUGUAGCAACUAUCAAAUCCAAAAGAAGAAGCGGUGCCUCUAAUGCCAAUUUACUAGUUGCAAAAUCUUGGGCAGAAGUGGUAAAACUGGGUGUUGCAAAACCACAGAUAAAGACUGUUAAGAAAAGUGUCCAAAAAGGAAGAUCUCUGAAGAAGACAACUCAAUCAUCAAAGACUCCAGAAAGAAAAGUAAAAGGCCAUUUUAGUACAGGUCAUGCAGAGUCACCUGCUACAAUAGUUGUAGGUAGAGCUUAUUCCACUGCAGUUAGAACGUCUGGACGGGUCCCUAAAGUGGUAAAAAAUCCUCUAUGGAAGCUGAACAUGAACAUGGAUGAAAGCUUCACAGGAAUGACUGAAAUGUUUCAAACUCCAGAAAAUAGGAGUGCAAAAGCAUUACCUUUGGUUGCUGUGCAGAAGACUGAUGUUACACCAAUAUGUCCUGCAGAGGAAAUCUCUGAAUUGCACACUCCUGAGGAAACUGCUUGCAUGUAUGACUCAGAAUUCUUGACAGUUUAG